UGUCCAUCAACCCGGACCUUUCCUCACUGACAGCUGUUCCUUGAUACAUUAUUCUUAUCUCUCUCACCACCCGACCGACCCUUCCCAAGCCAGCGCCAUUAACACCCCAGCAUCAAGUCUCUACUCACUUUCCCAGGCUCUGUGGUCUAGCCUGAGAUACGAACUCGCACCUCGAAGGCGUACUUCUUCCUCACCGAGUUCGGGACCUUUUUCAGGCGCGACGUCUGGCGUAUGACUGCGACGUCAGUCAGGCCCUGAAGGUACGUGUCUGCUGCUAGUUGCUCAACGGCGCAUCACACUAUCCACCGUUUCUCUUUUAUACGAACUCUCCGUUCAUCAUGUCCUUUCCGCCACCUCCAGGUCUUAGGCAAGCACCAUCGUCGCUCCCUGCGCGCCCGCCACAACCAGCGAGCGCUGCUUCGCCUUCCACCUACCAAUCCACAUACUCGGCUGCGCCGUCAUAUGCGCCGCCCGGUGCAAGUAGCAGUUAUGGCAGCCAGGGGCCGUCGCGACCCGGCUUCAGCGCCGCCACAGCCUUUCAACCGCGUUCAGUAGCCUCCACUCAACCCUACCGUACCAACAGUCCUGUUGUGUCCGCUCCACCCACCACUGCCAGCGGCUACGCGACCCCAACCACCACCGGCUACGGUAGCUACUAUCCGCAACAAGCACAAGCAUCGUACCAGAGCGGUCCGGCCUACUAUGGGGCUCCCGGCCAGUAUAAUGACGGCAACACAUAUGGCCCGUCCGUCCCACGGAUCCAAAACCCAUUCCAGCCCGCUGCCGGAAGGGGCUACGGCGGCCGGAACGACUCCGGCAUGGAUCCGGAGACCGAGGCGCAAAUUGCGCAGUGGCAGAGCGCCUACGCGAACAAAGAGGAAGUUCCGGCUGCCGGCAAGAUUCCCGGACGGCGCGACGCUAACCAGGGCCCCAUUGCUGGCCCCGCGUCCGGAGUGAAUACCCCGUCUGGUCCCGCCACAGGAGCUAAUACCCCGGCACCCAUCGUGGGGAUUCCCGAGCCCGCGCCGAAGACCGUUGUUCGUUCCGGUGGUGGACAGAGCUGGACCGACACGACACUGUUGGAGUGGGAUCCGGCGCAUUUCCGCCUGUUUGUGGGAAAUCUGGCAGGCGAGGUUACGGAUGACUCCUUGUUGAAGGCGUUUGCCAAGUACACGUCCGUGCAGAAGGCGCGGGUGAUCCGGGACAAGCGCACGCAGAAGAGCAAGGGCUACGGGUUCGUCAGCUUUAGCGACGGCGACGACUACUUCAAGGCAGCGAGAGAAAUGCAAGGCAAGUACAUUGGCUCCCAUCCGGUGCUGCUGCGGCGGGCCACCACUGAGGUCCGGCCCGUGUCGAACAACAAGAAUGGGAAGAAGCACGGCGGUGGAGGCGGCUCGGGUGGGGGCGGUUCUGGUGGGGGCAAGGUCAAGCAUGAUGGAGUCAAGAAGCAUGGGAAAACUAAGGGUGGCUUGAAGCUCCUCGGGUAACUGGGUUGUCCGGAGUGUACAAGGUGGAUUGCCUUCGGUCCUCUCAGUUGGAUUAUGCUACGGCCUCGGGGAUAUUAUGAUAGAAAGAAAGCAUUCUUAACUUCAAAUCAGAAAUUG